AUGCAUAAUACCUAUUCAAGACAAGACGAGGCUCGUCGUGCCUUUGGGGAUGUGGAGCAGUCCAUUUUGGCGCACGGCCGCGUGAUGGAAGCCUUUAAUAUAGAGGUCCGUAAGAACGGCGCGUUACGAAAUCGCGCCGUGGUGCUCGCUGGGAGUGCGGGUGUUUGUGCGAGUGCGAUCUGCUUGGGCUUCGUGCGCGCCGCGCCAUGGCGGUUCGCCCAUUUUUUCACCUUCAGCGAUGCGGGCGGGGCGUUGGGGGCGGGGUCCGUCGCCGCUCAGGCCCUUAAAAUGUUCAUGGUCUCUGCGAUGAUGGGGCUAACCUUGGCCAUCACCGCAACCACCUCGUUUAAGCUCGAGCGGGAUAUUUACGACCUGGAGCUGCGGCGAGAGAUAUGGGAGAUCGAAAACCACCUAAGCGGGGAGCUGCAGGAGAUGAUUUCGAUCUACAAGGCCCAAGGCCUUACGGAGGAGGAGGCCCUCAUCGUGACGAGGAUUUUUGCCAAGGAAAAGGAUCUGUUCGCUAACUUGAUGAUGGUGGAGGAGCUUGGUUACUCGCGUUUGGUACCCCCGAGGAUAUCAGAGGCGACGAUGAACGUGGGUAUUCCGACGGUUGUGGGUUAUGUCUUUGGAUCCUUUGCCCCUAUGUUGUCUUUACUUUUACCGCUUACUCUCGUUCGAAGCAAGGACGGGAUGACGUCUCUGAGAGAAUUGAGGGGCACUCCGGCGGAGCGGGUAAUGUCAUUGGUUCCGCGGCUUCUCCUUAAUUCGAUGGGGGAGAUCACCUUGGCGGCAUGCUGCGCGGUAAUGGGUUCGCUCCACACGGAGGUGUUUUUUGGGGCCUACUCUCACCUUAAGUUAAGAGUGCAACUUAUCGGGAUGAGUCUGGCGGGUGCGGGAGCUGUUUAUGCCUUGAGCUUUCUAACCGCCAAGUGCUUUUGA